AUGGGAUGCAAGAUGUCCAAAAAGAUGGGCAGAAAAGGCAGAACCACAAAACACAAGCAGACUAUUGAAGAAACAGAGGCCACAUCUGCACCUCUUCAACUUGGAGAUUUUCAAAACAUGAAACGUCCUCAGCUUCAAAAAUUAUGCAAACAGUUAGGACUUAAGGCCACAGGAAAGGUAAGAAAACAUAAUAUUAUUGUCCUCAGGAUAAAUGGAGUGCUCGUAAUCUACAGUCACUCCUUUGCUUAAAUGAAUUUGUUUCUACAAUCCUGGUUAAAAUGUUUUCGACACUAAUCGUCUUUCCUGCAAAGGAAUUGCAAUUCACGUUAAUCCCCCCCCCCCUUCCUGGACUGUUGGUUGUUAGCAGUCAAAAACCUUUUACACAUCAUCAGAGAUGUCACUAAGAUUUCAAGUUGCUGAGUAAUUGCAACAAGUAGACAGGGAAAAAAAUCAGCUAUAGAUUUCUUGGGGUUCUAUUUUUGCUAUGGGCCACUUUCAAAGUAGCUGGGGGAAAACCUCAGCCCCCGACUCUUAUUGUCAGCCUUGCAUCAUGCACACGAUUAUGGACCUGAACUUUGAUCAGGGAGGGGGUGGGGGCAAAGAAACCUUGAUAUGAGUACUGCUGGUAACAUUAUUUUGUACCAGCAAAUUGCUAACAAAAACAUGUGAAGAAAGGAAAGUGUCCAAACCUUUAGGCCAAGAUUGUAAUGAAUAGACAAGAAUUUAUUUUCCAUUUUAUAAAUCUUUAAUACAUGUCUCUGUCUUGUGAGGGCUAGUGACCAGAAAAUGGCUUGACUAGCUUCUUUGCAAUGCAGUCUGCAAAAUGGUUUUAGAGUGGUAAAACUACAUGAAGUACAGCUGUAUUAUGCCAAUGUGUGGCUCAUUAUGUGUGGCUGAUUAUUGUACAUGUUUUCUGUCUCAAAGAAUGUUGAGCUUAUUGAAAGGCUUCAAGAGUACCAGAGAGAAGUUACAGUUUCUAGCAACAAUAAUGAAGUUUUAGGACAAGUUCCUUCAUCCACAACCUCAUCUGUGAAAGAAAAGGAAAAUGAAAAGCAGUGUCUCAUAACUGACACCUCCGAAACAGAUGAAAGGCAACUCCCAAUAGAUAAUCUUUCCAAGAACCAGGUUCAGUCAUCAGGUCCACCAUCAUCUCCAACAUCUUCCACAGAGGAAGUAGAAAAUGGAAAAGAAUGUCUUGACAAUGUUACCUUUGAAAUAGUCGAUAGUAAAAUUCCUACAGAUGAACAUGUUCAUAUCGGGAAGAGUGACAACUGUGCUUCAGAGGGAGCUGAUGAAGAAGUGUGCUUAAACCCAAUGGAUAAUAAUGAUUGUGACUUCCCAGACAGUACGUCAAUAGAUCACAAGGAAGAACAAAAGACUGUGACUGUCUCCAAAGCUGAGUCACAUUCAGAAACAGUUCUCAGGGAAUUGAACUGCAGAGUAACAUUGACAGGUCUGUAACAUUGUAUAUUGUGAGGCAUGUAACAGGCCACUAUACUUGUAGUCAUGUGUGUUAACACUUGAUAAGUUUGAUUGAUUGACCUGGAUCAGGAUCCCUUUUGCUUACAACAAGACUACUUCUGUUAGAUGUGGCUAAAUGUAAUUUAGGCUAAAGUUAAAAGUGAGACAAUGCUGGCCAGCGGUCUCCUUCACUAAUCGUAUGUGUGGCAGUCUUGGGGUUUAGCAGGGCCUUAGUGAUUUUACAGUGCUUUUGCAGGAGUCAAUCAUUUUGCUCUUGUUGCUUUUGGGUGCAGUAGUUAUACUUGUUUUUGUCCCCAACCCUCCCUCCUCUCUGGAUGCUGUUUUGGUAAGUAUCUGCACCUCUCUCCACUGAGGUUCUCAGUGUGAAGGUGCCUGGUGGGUGCCGCUCUCAGGGCUGUCAUGGUUACCCUCUAAGAUCGUGUGCGGCCCCUUUACCACUUCUACAGGCACCUUCCCCACAACCAUCUAUUGUUGAUGGGUUUAACCUCCAUUGGAGGAGGCAAUGUGGCCUAGUGCAGUUAGAGCACCGGACUUGCUUAUUUAUAGGCCCCGAGUUCAAGUCUCACCCUGACUGCUAAAAUGAUUUGUUUACGGUAGUCCCAAAUUCAAAUCCUCGGCCAUGCUUGUAAAUAGCCAGCUGGUUUGCCUCUGGCCAGUUGGGAUUACGCUGUUAUGUUUAAUUUGAAUUAAAUGUUUCAGUCAUUUGCUCGGUUCCACUAGCAUAAGUGCUAUAAAAUACUGCCAAGGGUAAAUAAAAGGAAUAAUUAUUUGUCAUAAUUAUUAUUACAAUUAAUAUCGGAUCUCUAACAUUCCAGCUACCUACUGUACAGUGAACAUGUAUAGUAUUAAACCACUAGGAAAGUUGGUCAACACAGGAGGGAGAAAACACUAGGAGAGGUGAAGAUGUCUUUCCCAAUUCUCUGACUGCUUAGCUUUUCAAGCAGGCUUAAUUUAGCAACAUUUACCUGAGACAAUAAGACAGUGAUACUGCUACCCAUACCUUAGUGGACUAACUCCAACAUUAAGAGGCUUGUAAUCAAACCCCCCACCAGACCACAGGCCUUCAGGGUCUUUUGAAAACAGUGAAAGAUCAUGAGGGAGUUGUUAAUCAUACUGAUUAAUAGUGGAGCUCCACGAAUCCGUGAAGUAUGAGUGAGCGGAGCCCCAUACAGUUCCCUAAGAAUAUUUGGUAAUCUAUCUAUUCAAAACAUUUUGGUAAUCACAUGACUUCACGCCCAUCUCUCUGCACGACAGGAAAACCAAUGUGAAAUGUUAAACUUUCUAGUCAGUGUGGGAGCCUAUAGCUUGUGUUUAACUGGAUAAUAGACAUCCAUUAUCAUGGUCAGUUGACAGUUGUCAAAACAGGCUAUCUACUGACCAGAGUCACAUGACUGUAUUGUAGGCUCAGGUGCCAACUCAUUGAAGUUAUGUGUUUUCUUGAAGUAUUCAGCUGACAAGUUGUUAGCUUUUAAUUGAUUGCAGGCUCAAGUUUUUGUUUUUCAGUCAUAUGGUUCUCCCCAAUAGUUAAGUAUAGAUUCAGGAUUUCUUUGCAGUGGUUUCAGUCCAUUGUCUGAAGUAAAUUUCAAAUGCAUAAACAGGAGCUUCGCUUUUAGCUCUGGCUAAAUCUAUGUAUUAUACAUAUACACUGUACAUGUACCUGGCCGAGUGGCAACUUAAAUAGUUAGGGUGCCUUUCAUUUGUCAGAACUGGCCAGCCAGACCUUGGCCAGACCAAUCAUUGUGACUAUGAAAUAGGCUUUUUUGAAGAGUUCUAGCACUAGCUGAAAAACUCCUGAAGCAAACUGAUCUGGUCGGAUAACUUUGAUUAAAAGUGAAAUUCUCAUUAUGACAGGAAUGGUGUGGCCGGUCAGUUAUGGCAAAUGGAAAGCACUGUUAGUCAGCAACAGCUAGCCCUGAUUCAAGUUCUCUUUGUAGUGACAUGUAAAUUAUAAAUCAGCCAAAUAUUUUCAUUUGAGUAUGAAUCAUUAACUAUUAUUAUAUUUUAUUUUAAUAAAUUGUAGAUGCAAAACCUAAUCACAACAAAGCAAAGAUCAAUGCCUGCACAAGGUGGUGUGUCGUGGAGGGCCUUUUAAAACAAGACAUGAAGACCCAGUGGAGGAAGAUUCAUCUGUUAGGGGGAAAGCCUAUGAUUUCAAACAGUUUUGGUAAAAGAGUUCCUUUUGUGUUGGAACCCUCUGGUCUCAAUGCUCCAGAUGAUUGUGAUGAUAACUACAUCUGUGGUACUUGCGUCAGGGAUAAUGAAACAGCUUUGAGAUGGAAGGGCAGUUCACGGAUGGUCCACUCCACGGUCACUCAGCAGGAAGCUAUAAACCAAGGUGAGGAACCAUUACGUUCAAUGAGCUGGUUAACAUGCUUUGCUUCCUUUUUAUGUGAAUUUAGUUCCUGACUUUACAAUGCAAUGUACUUUAUUUUGCAACUGAAAAAACACAGGUUACGUGUUGUGGACUGUGUAGAUUUCUUUUCCCUCAGUACAGUUUGUAUUUACAUUGCAGUGUUCUCCUUAUGAGGUGGUUAAAACUGGUAAAUUUUACUGUCUGAAGCAACACUUCUUACAGCCUUCAACCACUUGAAAGUUUGCUACAAUUGAAUUAGUUGUUUUAAAAAAUACGGAAGUUGUGAUUGGAUCUGAUUCUCACAAGAAAAUGAAUGAGUCUGGAAAAGUAAAAAUUAAAGUUUUAUGGACCGUGCAUUUUGGGAAAAGAACAUUUUUCAAGACAAUGGUAAAAUUAUUGGAAUCAAACUUUUAAAUGUUUGCCUAAAUACUACAAUCAUGUUUGAUUCACACAAAAUAAGUCUCAAAAUGAGUGAAUAACAUCUCAGAGAACUUACAUGUAGCUCCUAAAUUUCCCAGCGAGGCGGGUCCAUGUCCCUUGCUUUACAUCCCCCUCCCCCAGGAGAGUGCUCCAUCCUCUGGCAUAUAUUUUUUGCUUAACCCGGGCCAGGAGUGGUUUCUUACCUGCUGAGCUAAAUUUAGGGAGAACACUGCAUUGUAAGGAACUUUGGGUCCUUAAGUUUCCAUUUGUUCCCACUCUGCUGUUUCAAGUCUUUGGUGAAUGUGAUUGCUGUUGAUGCCUAUUAUAUUUAAUCGUUCAUAACUUUUAUUAUUUUUGCCAAGGUGCACAAAAUUUAUCAGAUUGUAAAGUUUAUGUAACGUUGUGGAGUCGUUAAUAAAAUCUUUUUGUCGCAAAGCAAAAAUAUCAUCGACGAAAAGUUUGAAGCAAAACAGUUUAAAAUAACAAAUUAAUAAUAAUUAUCAUGUUCAAAAUUACAGGGCAUCCUCUUAGUAGUCAUACUUGAUCGAGAAACCUAAUUACAUGUAAAUACUGUAGUUAACACUGAUCUUUGAGGCCUUUUGACUAACGAAAUAGGUUAAAACAUGCUUGUAUGGUGAGACCUACACUGUAGCAACUCUUUUCUUGCAGAAUCAGAGGCAAGUGUGACAUGCAGCACACCAACAUCACCUAACCAUAGUAUUCUGACCAGCUUCUCAAGGGUGGGUUCCGUAAAGCGUAAGAGAAGUGACAAUUCAAACACCUCCUUUGCCAACUCAUCAGCUGAUUCAGAUCAGAUGGACAGAAAGAGAAGGAAAGAAAGCACUAUUAGAUCUGGUAGCAACACUCCCGCUAGCCCUCAAGUUCGUAGAGCAAGGGGUGAAGAACUCUUACCAAGGUAAAGAAGAGUUACAUGUAAGGUCAGCCUUUGAACAAUCACCUAGCCUGCACUGUGCACAGGCAAGGUAUUGACCAGAAAUGAUAAAUGAUGGUAUAAUAUUACAUUGUACAUCAACAGUCAUUACCCUUGUGAACAGUGAGGAAUAGUUGUAAAUUAAUUUCUGUUUUCCCACUUCAGAAAUCUUCACAAACCUUGGCGCCCCAGGAAGCUAACAAAGACAGCCUCACAGACUCAAGUGAAGGAGGACACAGAUUUUGCUAAAAGAGUUGAGGAAAUUAUCAAAAACACACAGCCAGGCUCUGAAGAGGAAAUGCACAUGAUCAUGAGUUCUAAAUCCAACAGGAUUCAGCGUUCACCCACAAAAAAAUGA